AUGCUGAGAGAUUCAAAAAUUCCACGUCGGAAUCUUGGCAAACAAGAAGAAAUUGAAAAUGUAGAUCCGUCGGAUUCGUGGUCGUCGGGGACAAAUCCGAGAUGCAUGGAAGCUUCCAGACCUCCAUUGAAUACUAUUCAAGAUACUGAUGCGAGUUCCGGAAGCAGUAAGAUUGAGAAAACUCCAUCUAAAACCAACAAAAGAAAAGUAGGACCUGAACUUCGUACUCCUGAAAAGAGCUUGCACUGGAAACACAGGUUCGCAUGGCCUCAGAGAAUGGAAACAGUUUCGUCUAUGAUUGAGGAUAGAAGAGGAUCUGGUAUUGGAAAUGGUACUCCUAAGGUGAAUCGUACUGCGGGAAGAGCUUGUUCUGAAAGCAAUUCGACUUACAGUACUCCGACUAAGAGUGUGACUAAGCCUCCUCCUAGCUCGAGUGUUCGAGGUAAAGCUGAUGGGAGCUUCAGUGCUCGUUUGGGAAACUAUGGUACAUUGUAUAAAGGGGUUUCGAGUACAUCUUGUACGCCUACCACCGUUGUUAACACGGUUGAAGUACCUCACUUCGAUCUCAAAGAGGAUUCUUCAUUUUGGAUUAAUCAUAAUGUACAGGUAAUUAUCCGUGUUCGACCUCUCAAUAGCAUGGAGAGGAGUAUACACAACUAUAAUAGAUGCCUAAAACAAGAAGGCUCUCAGUCCAUUACUUGGAUUGGACAACCGGAAAACCGGUUCACUUUUGAUCACGUUGCAUGUGAAACAGUAGACCAGGAUAUGGUUUUCAGAAUGGCCGGUCUUCCAAUGGUUGAGAACUGUCUUUCAGGAUACAAUAGCUGUAUGUUUGCAUACGGACAGACAGGAAGUGGGAAAACAUAUACAAUGCUUGGUGAAAUUGAAGAUUUAGAUGUGAAGCCCAGUCCUCAUCGUGGAAUGACUCCUCGUAUAUUUGAGUUUUUGUUCGCCAGGAUUCAAGCUGAAGAGGAAAGCAGAAGAGAUGAGAACUUAAAAUACAAUUGCAAGUGUUCCUUCUUGGAGAUUUACAAUGAACAAAUUACAGAUCUACUUGAUCCCUCGUCUACCAAUUUGCUUCUGCGGGAGGAUGUCAAGAAGGGUGUUUACGUUGAAAAUCUUUCCGAGUUUGAGGCUCAAAGUGUGGGCGACAUUCUAAGGCUUCUAAUUCAGGGUUCGGCAAAUAGAAAAGUUGCAGCUACAAACAUGAAUAGAGAAAGCAGUAGGUCCCACUGUGUUUUUACAUGUGUAAUCGAGAGUACUUGGGAAAAGGAUUCUACUACGAAUUACCGUUUUGCAAGGUUAAACCUGGUUGAUCUAGCUGGUUCUGAAAGACAGAAAACUUCUGGUGCUGAGGGUGAGCGUUUAAAGGAAGCGGCUAGCAUCAAUAAGUCAUUAUCUACUUUGGGUCAUGUCAUUAUGAUACUAGUGGAUGUUGCAAACGGGAAGCAGAGGCAUAUCCCUUACAGAGACUCCAGGCUAACAUUUCUUCUUCAGGAUUCUCUUGGUGGAAACUCGAAAACAAUGAUUAUUGCCAAUGUCAGCCCUUCUAUCUGCUGUGCUGCUGAAACGCUGAAUACCCUUAAAUUUGCUCAGAGAGCAAAACUGAUUCAAAAUAAUGCUGUGGUGAACGAAGAUUCUAGUGGGGAUGUAAUUGCUUUAAAACAUCAAAUUCGGCUUUUGAAGGAGGAGAUUUCUACGCUCAAACGGUGCCAGAAUGUUUCCAGGUCAUUGUCAUUUAGAGAUAUAAAACAAUCAGUAGAAGACUAUUCUUUGGAAAAUGAAACUGACAUGGCAGAACAACAUGAUGAUGAUAUGCUUGAUUAUGAAUCCAAGGGCACCAGAAUGUCUCACAAACAGUUUGAAUCACUGCAGACAACUCUUGCCGGUGCUUUAAGAAGGGAGCAAAUAGCAGAAACUUCUAUUAGGCAAUUAGAAGCAGAAGUUGAACUAUUGAACUCUUUGGUUCAUCAAAGAGAGGAGGAAACUAUGAGUUGCAAAAUGAUGCUUAGGUUUCGUGAAGAUAAAAUUCGUCGAUUGGAAUCUCGAGUUGCUGGUUCUAUUACUGCAGAUCAAUUUUUGCAAGAAGAUAAUAAAGCACUUUCUGAUGAGAUUCAGUUACUUCAAGGAAAAAUUGAUCAAAAUCCUGAAGUUACACGAUUUGCUAAGGAGAAUAUCAGGCUUCAAGAACAACUUAGAAGAUAUGAAGAGUUCUAUGGAGAAGGGGAGCGAGAGAUUUUAUUAAAUGAAGUAUCUUCUUUAAGGGAACAGUUGCUUCAGUUUCUUGGAGGAAAAUCUGUUCAGGGCGAUUCAAGUUAUGAAACUCAACCUCAGAAAACUCAGUGUUGCAGCAAACAAAAUGACUCCAUUUAUCUAGAGCUAAGAAAUGCUCUGGAUAAGUUAGAGGAGUACAGGCACAACUUAAAUUGUUGUUUAGAGGAGAAUGCAAGACUCAAUAGGGAAUUAGACUCUUUGCAGUCAAUGUUCAACAACAAAGAUGCCACAAAGGUUUCUCCACCUAAGAUGGUGGCGGUUAAACAUGAACCUCAAUUGUUAAAAGAAACAGAUGAUAUCUUGGAUUUACACCUGGAGUUAGAUAUAUUAAAGAUAAUUCUGAAGGAAGAGAGGACUUCCCGUGGUAUAUUGGAGGAGAGAGCAACGCACUUAAAUCAUGAAAUUCUAAUGGGAAAAGACAAGCUUUUGCAGGCAAACAAACAAUUAGAAGAUACAGAUAAUGAACUGAAAGUUGCUAAAUCUGUAAUUGAAGCUCUUGAAUCACAACAAACUUUAUCAAUCAAAGAGAUAGAAGACAUGCAGAACAAGAACAACAAUUAUCUGGAUCUUGUGAGGAAACAAGAGCGUGAGAUCAUUUCCUUGAAGAAUCAACUUGCACCUAAAGGUUUAAGAGACAGUUUAUCUUCAAAUCAUCCAAAGGUUGAUAAUGAGUACCCUUUACAAGUAAGGUUCAGAAGGAUGCAUGAUUCUCUUGAAAAAGCCAAGCAACUGAACAUGUUUUACCAAAGCGACCGUGCACUCCAGAUAUCUAAUGAGGAAGAGAUGGAUGAAGUUCGUCGGCAGGCUGAGGCUGAAACUGCUGAGGUAAUUGUGUCUAUGCAGGAAGAACUUGCCCAGUUACAACAUCAAGUCAAUGAUAGCCAUCAGAAGGAAAUAGAAAUGAAGGAGAGUAUAUUGCAUUUGGAAACUGAAUUGAAGGAUGUGCAAGAAAAAUUGCUUACUACUGUUGAUGAUAACCAAAGUUUAAGUGAAAAGCUUUGGCAGAGAGAUAAUGCACUCAAAUCACUUGUCGAAGAAUGGGAAUUGUUAACCUCUGAGAUUGAAGAGAUUCUUGGUGAUGGAUGUCAGGCACUAGAUGAUGCCUCUGAUGAACUGGGGCAUAUAAGCAAUUCACUUCCACAGAAAAGGAUAUGGAUUUCUGAACAAGUUAGCAUGAUGGUUAGAAAAAUCUCUGAAAAGGAAUUGCUAAUUGACGAGCUCGGAAGAUGUUUGGAAGACGCGUGCAAUAAAAGAAGUGAUAUGGAGUGUAUGCUGAAGUCCUUGCGAAGUGCAACACUUGUGAUUACUGAAGCCCACCAGAAGGAGUCAGCUGAACUAGAAGAAGAAAUUCUCCUACUGACAUCACAAGUGAGUGAAAGAACGACUGCUCUGAAACAGAUGGAGGAGCAGUUGAUAUUGGCUGGAGAUCAAAUCCGAAAAACAUCAAGUUGUGCAACAGUGGCUUUUGUAGUUGUGAAUAGAUUGUCAGAUGUGAAUGAUCGUUAUCUUGUUGAUCUAAAGAACAAGGAUAAUCUGCUUAAUGAACUAGCAGAAAUUAGUGACAGGAAGGAUGCUGUUUUAAUUGAUCAAUCCACUUCCCUUGAACAAGCAAAGAGGCAGAUAGCUGAGUUGCAGGAGCAAUUGAUAUUGGCUGGAGAUCAAAUCCGAAAAACAUCAAGUUGUGCAACUGUAGCUUUUGUAGUUGUGAAUAGAUUGUCAGAUGUGAAUGAUGGUUAUCUUGUUGAUCUAAAGCACAAGGAUAAUCUGCUUAAUGAACUAGCAGAAAUUAAUGAAAAGAAGGACGCUGUUCUAAUUGAUCAAUCCACUUCCCUUGAACAAGCAAAGAUGCAGAUAGCUGAGUUGCAGGAAAAAUGUGACAACUUAUGGCAGAAGCUGUCUGAGGAGAAAGAGCACUCUUUUGCUUUGGAACAUAAACUUGAAGAUAUUGAAAAGAGUGUCAUUUCAGAGACUAGGGAGCAACUAGUAACACUACAAGAUGGCGUCUCCUCAAUCAGGUCAUCCAUGGCCUCUUUUGCCGAUAAUGGUGAAUCAAGGACAAGUUCUGAAACACAUCAUCAAAUAGCUGAGAUGGCUGACUUAUCCUUUAAAUUGGCCAACAGUGGGUAUGACAAGAAAGACCGUAAAGCACGAAAUGUUUCCAAGGAUGCAUAUGAAAGAGAUGCUACGAUUACUCUGUUGAGAAAAGAAAUAGAAUCUGCUCUUGAAAGCUUAAAAGAAGUUCAAGAUGAGAUAGCCAAAUUACAUGAAGAGAAGAAAGAGAUGUCAAUAUGUGAAAAGCAAAGUCGGGAAAGUAUCAAGUGUCUCACAACUCAAAUACUUUCCCUGCAAGAAGCUAUGGGACACUUUGAAGAGCAAUCCGAAGCUAAGGUCGAAGUACUCAGUUGCAAGCUUAGGAACCUGGAGAAAACACUAAAAGAAGCUAUGUCCUAUUGGAAUCAGACGAAAGAGUUGCUUGAACUAGAAGUCGGGGAGGCAAAGAUCGUUCAAGUUCAAAAAGCGGAAGAGGCAUACUGUAUUCAUGCUAAAUUUGAAGAAGCCCAAGAGACAAUGAAAGAAGCAGAUAUUAUGAUCAAUGAAUUAGUGAUAGCUAAUCAGUCAAUGAAGAUUGAUAUAGAAAAACUGAAAGAAAGAGAAGUCACAUUGCUCAGUGAGAAGGAUGAAUUAUUCAACAAGGUUGAGAGCUUACAGACCGUUGUUGAUUUGAAGCAACAGGAGAUGGAAGACCUUGUUGAAUCAAAUCUUAUAGAAACAAGGGACUUAGUCAUGGAGGUAGAUGAUGUCAUUAAAGAGGUCCAUUUGGCGAUGAAGGAAAAUUUUACCUCUUUAGCUUGUGAUAUAGAAUCCUUGAAGUCUCAAUUUAUAUGUUCCACUAAGUUGAUUCAACCAUGGCUUGAGAAGAUCUGGUCUGAGAUAGUUAAUAAAGAUUGUGCUAUGUCUGUACUACAUCUCUGUCACAUGAGUGUUCUUCUGGAAACAGUGACAGGAAUGCAUGCAGAAAAUGGCUUGCUUUCACAUGGCUUGUGUGAGUCAAACGCUGUCAUAAGUGAUCUGAAGGAACACAAUUUUAGAGCAAGGGAAGAACUAGAAAUGUGCAGAAUCUUGAAAGGGAAACUGCUUGCUGAUAUUCAGAAUAGUUUCGAUCGCAUCACUAGGAAAGAAGUGGAAGCUGGAGAGAUCACUGUCAAGUUAAACACUUUUGCUAAAAACAUAUCAGAUCUACAGCUUCAGGAGGAGAUGAUGCUGCAAAGGUCUAAUGAAAUGGGAUCCCAACUUGCUACGUUGAUGAAGGAAUUGGAUCUGAGUAAUACCGAUCUUGUUGUAUCCCUUUUAGAUCAAGAGAAACUACUGAAACAGAAAGUAGAAGAUACUGAGUCUCAAGCUGAAUUUCUUCUGGCAGAUUGGUACGCCAAAGACUUUGAGUUACUUACCCAUGCUUCUGAAUUCAGUAACAUGGCCUGUAAUAUAUCUGAUAUGGAGGAGCAUUUUGUCAAGUACUCUACAUUAAUUGAACAAUUGAAAACAGAAACAAUAUUUUUCCAGGUAGAAACUGAGUUAGCAGCACAAAUUUUGAUGGAUAAGGAAGUUGAUCUUUCCCUUCUAAAACAAGAAGUUCAGCAGGAAAAAGUAGAAAAGGAAAACUUAUUGAUGGAAUUGAAGCAGAACAGCUUAAGGAUUAGAGAGAUGGGUGAAGUAAACGAGGCACUUGGACAAAAGAUUGACCUUCUAAAGGAUAAGGAAGUUGAUGUUUCCCUUCUAAAACGAGAAGUCCAGCAGGAAAAAGUAGAAAAGGAAAACUUAUUGAUGGAAUUGAAGCAGAACAGCUUAAGGAUUAGAGAGAUGGGUGAAGUAAACGAGGCACUUGAACAAAAGAUUGACCUUCUAAAGGAUACUGAGUCUCAAGCUGAGUUUUUAAUGGCAGAUUGUUACACCAAAGACUUUGAAUUACUCAUCCGUGCUUCUGAAUUCAGAAUCAUGACAUAUAAUAUAUCUGAUAUGGAGGAUCGUUUUGUCAAGUACUCUACAUUAAUUGAACAGUUGAAAAAAGAAACAAUAUGUUUCCAGGUAGAUUCUGAGUUAGCAGAACAAAUUUUGAUGGAUAAGGAAAUUGAAGUUUCUGUACUAAAGCGAGAAGUUCAGCAGGAAAAAGAAGAAAAGCAGAACUUAUUGAUGGAACUGAAGCAGUACAUCUUAAGGAUUACAGAGAUGAGUGAAGUAAACAAGGUAGUUGAACAAAAUAUUGAGCUUCUAAAGGAUGUUAGUUGCUCUAAUGUUGCUUUGAAGGGUAAACUUGUUGAAGUUAAGGAGUCAGAGAAAAGACUUCUGGAUAAGAUUCGAGAUCUUGAGGUUGAUUAUGAUAGGGUAAUUGGUGAUGUCAUAGCAAAGAAUGUGGUUUCUGAAUUUGCUUUCCAUCAGAUUUUGUUUCUUGAAGAUCAAAUCAGAGAGUUAAAGAGCACAAACUACAUAUUGGAGAAUUCAUGUUGCAAACUAAAGAAUGAGCUGCACCUAAGGGAUUUAGAGAUAACUAGAAUACAAAGUUUGAUGGAACUUGAGUUAUCUAGAAAGCAAGAUGUAAUAAAAGGGUUGCUGUAUGAUCUGAGCUUACUGCAGGAAUCUGCAUCUAUCAGUAAAGACCAAAAGGAUGAAAUGGAGGAAAUGAUGGACACAAUGGAAGAACUUGAGUCCGAGCUUGCAGUUAAAUCUGGCGAGCUUACUUCCGUAGUUGCCAAAUGUCAGUUGCUUGAAACUCAGUUAACGGAUAAAUCAAACAUAGUUACAGCUCUUGAGUUGGAACUCUCAAAAGAGUGUGAGGUUGUAAAGCUGCAAGUCAGUGAAAUUCAUGAACUUAGAACUCAUAUUAAAGAUGCCUUGGCGGAAAGAAAAUUGGCUGAGGAGGAUCUAAAAGAGAGAAAGAAGAUAACAGAGAGUUUAGAGCAUGAAAUCUCGGAAAUGAGCGAUGUUCUUGGCCAAAUGAAUGAUUCAAUUAAAAACUUAAGUGUUGAUAGGGAUGGCCUAACUAUUCAGAGGGAUCAACUUCAAGGUCAGGUGAUUUUACUCGAAGAAAGGUUUGAAAAAGCUGUAGCACAAGCUGAAGCUAAUGAAGCGAUUGCACAAGAUGCUCGAAAGAUGGCUGAAGCAAGAAAAGUUUAUGCUGAAGACAAGGAAGCAGAGGUUGAACUUCUUGAGAGAUCUGUUGAAGAGCUGGAAAGUACUGUAAAUGUACUAGAAGAAAAUGUUGACUUCAUUAAAGGAGAAGCUGAACGACAACGCCUGCAAAGAGAAGAUCUAGAAAUGGAGCUAUGUGCAUUAAAAGAGCAGAUGCAAAAUCUACGAAAUGCUGAUGAUGAUACAAAAAGAUUUCUGGAUGAAAAAGAGAAAAGCUUUGAAGAAGCCCAAAAUCACAUACAGGUUCUGAAGAGUGAUAUUGCAGGAAAAGAUGCAGAGGUUGUACAAAUGAAAGCUCAUAUUUCAGAGCUUAAUUUGCAUGCUGAAGCACAGGCAAUGGAGUACAAGCAGAAAUUCAAAGCAUUGGAAGCGAUGGUCGAGCAAGUCAAACCUGAGGGCAUUUCCACGCAAUCCACCAAUGCUCUGCAAUCCACCAAUGCUCUGUCAAACAAGUCUGAGAAGAAUGCGACCAAGUCUCGAGGUUCUGGUUCUCCUUUCAAGUGUAUUGGGUUGGGAUUGGCACAACAGGUUAAAAAUGAAAAGAUUGAAGAGCUGUCUGCUGCAAAACUGCAAAUUGAGGAACUAGAGUCUCAGGCAGCAUGUCGACAGAAAGAGAUAUUUGCACUGAAUGCCAGAUUAGCAACUGCGGAGAGCAUGACCCAUGAUGUAAUUCGGGAUUUACUUGGAGUGAAGUUGGAUAUGACCUCUUAUGUGUCACUGCUGGAUAAUCAUCAAGUUCAGAAGAUUGCAGAGAAAGCUCAAUUUCAUACUCUAGAACCUCAAGACAAGGAACAAGAGGUUACUAAACUAAAGAGGCAGCUUAACGAAUUUAUUGAAGAAAGGAACGGAUGGUUGCAAGAUAUCGAUAGAAAACAAACCGAGUUAGUAGCUGCACAGAGUGCAUUGGAAAACCUUCGGCAGCUAAAAAAUGAAAAUGAAUUAUUGAGGAUGGAAAAUGCAAGUAAGAUGAGUAAGGUAAUAGAAUUGGAGGAAGAAAUCAAGAAGCUGUCGGGUCAGCAAAAUCUUCAGCAGCGUAUUCAUCAUCAUGCUAAAAUUAAGGAGGAAAACAACACAUUAAAGAUGCAGAAUGAACAACUUAGCGCAAAGUUACGCCGGUCAAAUCACUUCAUGACACGUGUCCAAGAAGACAUUGCUCGGCUUCGUGCUUCUACAGGAUCAAAACAAUAUAUUGAUUUUGAUCAGGAGCAACGUCUGAGGAAAAAUGUGAAGGAGACUGAGGAAGAGAAAAUUCAAUUAGCACAACAAUUACUGAGAUUGUGUACAAAUGUUCUAAAGGCUGCUGGAAUAGCAAAACCAGUGUCAGAUGUGAAUCCUACUAUUGCUGAGGAGGCCUUAGACAAGCUCAAGAAUAGGAUAACUUCCCUGGAAAUGGAACAAGAAGAUUUGAAGUUUAAGAAUAAAAUUAUGAAAGAAAAGAUUCGACUAUCUGAACUCAUGCCACAAGCUUCUCCUUUGAGCUCAAAAUCUGAAGAGAACCGAAUAACUCCACCAAAGGCAAACAAAACUUCGUUUCUUUCCAGUUUUGAUCGAUACUGA